UUGCAGCGCCACCAUCAGAGAUAACUAAGACGGAAUUGUUGACGACGACUGCAUAUCAGUCAAUAUCAGUCAACAGGAGAAAGGCAUGACCUGUUGAAUAUUGGCGUCGAGGCAGACAAUGAAACGUUGAUAAUAAAUAAUUCACUUGUCAUUAAUGUUCAAUAAGUAAAAGAGAAGCUAAAGCAUUGAGAAAUUCAACAAGUUUCAUCAAUUAUUUCAUUUUUUAACGAGAGUAGUCUGUCGAGAUGAAACAUUCGUUCCUGGGAAUUUGCUUGGAACAUAUGGUUUCGGCAGUUUUCAUUGAUUUUUAUUGAAGAAACUGGGGAUUUUAAAUUCAAAUUGCUUCACCAGCGGAUGACGUCGAGGGGUGAUUAUGAGUAUCACUUGUGUGCAGAUUCUGAAAAUAUGGAUCAGAUAGGUGAGCCAACGCCUCCCCAACGUCUCGAGGGCUUCAGAUUCCUCUUCUCGGUGACGGAAGCAAUUGGUGGAGCUCUGAUUGUUCUCGUAUUCGUUUGGAUCACUCACUUUCGUGGGGGAUUCGCCUGGUCCUCUGAUGUUAAACUGCAGUUCAAUUGGCAUCCGUUCUUGAUGACUGUUGGCCUCGUCUUCCUUUAUGCUAAUGGAAUGUUGAUCUACAGAAUCCAGAGGAACGUCCGAAAACGUCGGCUGAAGCUCUUACACGGGGGAAUGAUGGUCUUCACAUUAUUUUUGACGAUAAUUGCUCUUGUUGCUGUCUUCGACAUGCACAACUAUUCAAAACCUCCAAUACCGAAUCUGUACACAUUGCACAGCUGGGUGGGGCUCACUAGUGUCAUUCUGUUCGGUUGUCAGUGGCUCGCUGGUCUAGUCUCUUUUCUCUACCCUGGAAUCCAAGCACCACUUCGUGCUGCAUAUUUGCCCAUCCACGCGUACUUCGGAACUGCUGGAUUCGUCGGGGUCAUUGCAUCCUGCCUUAUUGGCCUGAACGAGAAGGCGAUUUUUGCUCUGGGAUCAGACAAAUAUUCGGACUUCACGUCCGAGGGAAUCUUUAUAAAUGUCAUUGGACUCUCCUUCAUCAUUUUCGCGGGUCUCGUCCUGUACCUGGUGUCCCAAGAGAGGUACAGGAGACUGCCUCGUCCCGAGGACGAGGUUCUUCUCACUGGACAAUCUCAGUGAAUAUCAUCUCAAUAAUCAUAAAUUUAUAAAUGUUGAAUACCUGUGGUGCGCAUUGGGGAAUUCCCAUUAUUUAUUGCUUGAAUAUUGUCAGUAUUAUUUAAGUACAAUGAAAGUGGAACCUGGUGCUUGUAUCAAUAAAAUAUAUCUUGAACUGUGA